AUGGCCACUGAGAACUCCGAUAACCCUCCGGCACCGCCUCCGCCAGCUCCCUCUCUCCCGCAGUAUCCAGAGAUGAUUAUGGCGGCGAUCGAGGCCCUGAACGACAGCAACGGGUCUAACAAGUCGGCAAUUGCAACGUACAUCGAGUCCACGUACGGCGAUCUACCUCCGGCUCACGCCACACUUCUGGCGCACCACCUCAACAAGAUGAAACAGAGCGGCGAGCUCGUCCUGGUCAAGAACAACUACAUGAAGCCUGACCCGAACGCGCCGCCCAAGAGAGGCAGAGGCCGUCCGCCCAAGCCCAAGGUCCCGCUCCCACCUGGAACCGUUGUCUCUCCUCCCAGGCCACGUGGCAGGCCCCCGAAGCCCAGAGACCCGUUCGCUCCGCAACCGGAGCCCAAGAGCCCUUCUGGGACUGGAAGGCCACGUGGACGCCCUCCCAAGAAGGCCAAAACGGCAUCGGCUCCUCCUCAGGCUCCGGCUCCGGCUCCGGCUACUGGCGCGCCCAGAGGCAGAGGCAGGCCUCCUAAAGUGAAGCCCGCUGUAGCGCCGGUCGGCUGUUGA